AUGAGGAAUUUGUCAAGCAAUCUAAGUAGAAGUGCGUUCCAUGUUUCAGGCCAAUUGUUUGGAAUAUCACGACAGAAGGCUUUUUCUUCAGAAGCUAUAGGUCAAGUUCUGAUACGCGGCGUAGCAGCCAGACAUUACAGUCGCAAUGUUACCAGCUCAUUUUCAACUCUUGGGUCUAAAUAUGAAGCAUUUACCAGAAGUCAUACCAGUAUAAAUACUCCUGAAAAGAGUGUUAGUGUUAAGCACUUUACGGCUGGCUUUUUUACCAAUACAUUUCAUACGCAAAAUGGGCCAUUUCUGCAAUCUUUUACUAAAUCUGUUAGCCCUAGACAAUCUAUUUUGUUUAUGGCGACCCAUAGAGACCACGGAUAUGGUGGUUCCAACGGUGGUAGUAGCUAUGGUAGAGGCGGCAAUUGGGGCAAGUUCAAUCGGUAUAAAAAUAUUCUCGUAAACCACCGGGUGCCAUUGCUGUUUACUGGCGCGGUACUCACAGUAACCACCUUCAUAUUUCCAGUGUUAUUCCAGAUGCCUGGAAUGGGAGUUGUCAAGCAAAACCCACAGCUUGUAGUCUACGCACUAAUUGGCCUCAAUGUUGCAGGGUUCCUGGCAUGGAAAACGAAACAAGGUUCUCGUUUCAUGUAUAGAUACGGCCUCCUCCAUAAGGAUUCGCAAUUCAAUAAAUGGAGUAUGAUUGGCUCUGCAUUUUCCCACCAAGAAUUUUGGCAUAUUGGUAUUAAUAUGUAUGUGCUCUACAAUUUCGGUACUACUGUUGCUAGCUGGGUCGGUACUGAGCAGUUUCUUGCCGCGUAUAUAGAUGGAGCUGUUAUUUCCUCUCUGGCCUCACUUAUGUUACCAGUGUUGGUCCGUAGAUUUCAAAACAUUCCUAGUCUUGGUGCAAGUGGUGCUGUGUUCACGACUUUUGGACUGUUUUCAUACCUCGCACCUCAUGCUAAAUUGGCUCUAAUGUUUAUUCCACUUCCUUUUGGAGCCUGGACAGUUUUUCUCGGGACAAUGGCGUAUAAUGGAGCAGGACUGUUUAUGCGGUUUGGGCUCAGUGACUAUGCUGGUCAUCUCGGUGGCUCUAUUGUCGGAAUUAUCUGGGGUUACUAUCUAACACAGCGGGCCCGUCGAAUUCGCCAACGGCGCAGUGUUAUAAACUAUCGAUGA